AUGGGCCAGCUCUGCUGCUUUCCUUUCUCAAGAGACGAGGAAAAAAUCAGCGAGUUGGAAAGCCCGUCCUCUGUAGCCCUGCAGAGAUACAGAAGGGAGGGACCCAGCUGGCCAAGUGGUGAUAAGAAUGGAGGUGAGCCUGAUGAUGCUGAACUGGUAAGGCUCAGUAAGAGGCUGGUGGAGAAUGCAGUGCUCAAGGCUGUCCAGCAGUAUCUGGAAGAAACACAGAGCAAAAACAAGCCAGGGGAUGGGAGCUCUGUGAAAACGGAAGAGGCUGAUAGGAAUGGCACUGACAGUGACAACAACAGGAAAUGAGACCCAAAUGCAGGCAGGACCCCCUGCUCCGUGAGAAGCACCCCUGCCCUCCUCUGCCGAGUCAGUGGACUGAUUCGCAUUGUGCUGUCUAAGUGUCCUGUCCAGUCUGUGAAGAUUGCCUAAUACUUUUCAUGAUUGACGUGUUUGCAUUUCUGAAGCACAACAGAAGAGGAAUGGAGAACUGGGACUAUCAGAGGAAAUCAAUUUACGCAGGAAGAAUGGCCCAGGUUUCACUUGCCCUCAGCCAUGGCUGAGGGAGAGGGGACUUUGGGUUAUGCCUUGUGGACUCAAAUGAAAGAACAUGGAAGAGGCCUUGACAUAAAUGGAAUACUGCCAUUUCACUUGCCUAGCAGGGCAUUUAACUACC